AUGCUGUUUACUUGCAGUUCACGUCGUUUAGUCGGAAGGACUCUCACACUGUACCUUCUGCGGCGUAACUGUAGUGCAUUAACCGCUUCUGUUUCCCGCACCGUUCCAAGUGAUGAAAGUGUAGCCACCAGCGGAGGCCGCAUCGUCAGCGCCGCACCCGCGCCAAAUUUGGCGCGCAAGGAAACUCAGCGGAAACAAGUAAGGCGUUCCAAACCAUCUACAGCAGCAACCGCCAAAGGGGAAUCUACUGGAGAAGAAGGGACUGAGUCUGUGGAGCAUAUAUUAUCUCUAGUGUCUGCGUCGCAAGUAAGGGCUUGCAUUGAAAGCCAUGAACCAGAAGUAUCCAGUUCUUUUGCUGCGUCGCCACAAACACCAGUAACUCAAGCGUUACAAUUACAUCGGCGACUCGCCAGUGAGAAACAGCAACCACACAUAGGUAUCGGAGAGACUACUGUCUCAAGUUCCGCUAGCAUUGCGUCUGAACGAGUGGAGCGUCGGCGGAAAAAAUGGACGGUGGCAGAGUCGGAGUUUGAUGCUGGGAUAACGGAGCGGUUGCUUCCAGAAAUACGCAGACUGGCAGCACUGCACGAAUUACAUUAUGGAGACGCGGUCAUGCGUGAGGUGGAUUCUUCCACAUAUUUUGCUUCGUUGGGAGGUGCCACCGCGUCCGUAGCUGAUAUGCGGGCAGAUGACGACAUCAACGAUGCCGACUUGACCGAUGAUGAAUUCCUGAAGUUCGAGGCGGAGCAGGUAGAAGUUGCGGGUGGCCCGGUGUUGUAUAACACCUCUUCAAGCGGGAUUAUUGAGAAGUGUCAGAAGAAGGAAGAAAUAACAAAUGCAGCAAACGACGAAGAAAAGGUGUGUGCUCACAGUCUUCAAACACCUUGGUUUGUUCCAGCCGGUGGUGUUGUUCGGCUGGAGCCAUUACCCCCGGAAGAUGUGUUGUGUCUUUUGAAGUUUCUCAUGCAUCUACGGCAACAAACCCUUGAUCAGCUCCCCGUGCCUCUUCAGGCGAAAGUGAGCGCAACUGAGCGGGUACUUCGCUCGGUACAUCAGGAAGAGAAGUCGAAGGAGAUCCCAAUCGUUCCGAGAGCAGUAGCAGAUGGUGGUACUACGUGUAUUUCCUUUGAAGAUGUCAUGGUUUACCUUGACAAAGCGCCAUCUCCGAUCCUUGGCUUCACAGAAAACCUUCCACCAGGUGAGAGCCCUGCGUUUGUGUUUGUUCUAUACACAGAGAACGUCUCACUUCAAAACGCCAUAGGACACAUGUCAGCACUUUUUGAGAUACCUCAGCGUGCCUUCCUUACGUGCACAGCUGUGUCCAAAAUGUCAUGUGGUGCAGUGCUGUGUGCGGUAACCCCCAACCAAGUGCGGCGAGAGCACUUGCUUCUGCUGAACACAAUGCGUCACCCUGGCUUUGUGAUCCGUGUUGGUUCCAUACAAGAGGUGAAGGAUGCGGAACGAAUAGCAAGCCUGUUUGGUGACCUUGCGCGUUGGCAGCCACUCCACGAAGUGGAAGUACUGCUUCGACGUGUGAGUUGUCGCAGUCGGCAAGAGCUUGAGCACCGCCUACGCGCCAUAAAAGAGGUGGGUGCUGUGUUCUUUUGCUCCAACCGUGAGGCCUCUUUAGUACGGGCGGCGACAGAUUUGCUUCAUGGAUUUUAUAGGUCCGCUCUACUGAGUGCGCUGCACCGCCGUCACGCACCACUAGAACUUCGGCAAUUCAUUAAGCGCCCAAAUGUUAUCACUGCAGCUCGCGCCCGUCGCGCUUCGACGGAUCCAACAAUUCGUCAGGCACUGAAAAACUACGAGUUAACACAGGGGAACUGGGAACAGACAGUGGCGAGGAUACCUUACGUUUGGCGUAGACGCUGGUUAAAUGCUCUGCGAAGCUCUGUCUGGAACGUUAUGGCGUCUCGGCGAUUGUCACUUGAUGGUGCGUCACGGCGAGUCAUUCCUGGGGAUAUCGUUUUCCGCCCGGAAUAUCGUGCUGAUGUCCAUCACCGCAUGAUCCCAACAGUGAAGGCAGAGCACGUGAUGGUCGUUCGUGACGAAGAGGAAGCAGCACUCUGUAGUGUCGAAGAUAUAUGUAUUCCUUUCCUUAGGGGGACCUACCCACCUGAACUGUUUGCACCUGAGGAAACAAAGCAUCCGAUUAUGACAAAUACGAGCAUGCUAGCAAUUCUUCGGGAGUUGCAUGCACCUCAACUACUUCUGGGUAUGAAUGAUGCUUGUCGUCAGUUGAUGGACAUCCGUUGUGAUUGUGCACCUCUCCUUUUCCGUCGCCUUAUAAUCAGACCCAUUGCGGUGUCGUUCACAGUGCUGGAGGAUAAACCUCCGGUGAAGUCCGUGCACUUCGACGCCGCUCGAUUGCUGUUAAACGACAGGUUAAUGCAUCAGAAUGCUCUUCGUCGCAACCCUUUGCAGAAAUCAGAUCCUUCGAAACGGUGUGGAGUCGGUGCUGACGGCGAAGCUAGUCUUCCAUCCUGUUCUUCUUUAGCUAACCAGGAUGUGGUGCUGGACCAAACGACCAUCGGUGCGCGUCUGAUGUCGGGUGUUCUUGCCGAAGAAUUCUUUACGACACCAGAUCGCAGUGAUUACGUGACACUCGGCCACGUCACGCGCAAGCUGCACGGUAACUUUGUAGCUGCCGCUCCGCAAACACCCGAAGAUGCGCUAGGAACUGUUGAUCGCCUUUACAGUGUUCAUAUACAUGCAGUUUUGCGCUACGGGGUGGGGGCUAUGUCUCAGUUGCUUCGGGAAUAUUUUAUUUUAGGAGGUGUUGAGGCUGAGAGCGAUAGUGCGCUACAACACAAGGUGCACCGUAUGCGCCGCGAACUUGACAAUGAAACACAGUAUUUAACUGCACCAACAUUUUGCACCGCGUGCUACUCUCGCUGUCAUGACGCGUUGAACUCAUGUGCGGAGUAUCAGCACAAGCAUGGAAAGCAUUUGGGAAGAAAACGGCGUGAGGAAACUCUUCAGCAGCUACAGUUUAUGGGGAAAACGUUGCCAUCAGUUGCAGAUACUUCACCCCUGUCUUCGCGUGAGGCAGCUACUGUUCCUGGAGGCGGUGAAAUCAGUGCUGUUUCCGGUGUGAACGGCUCUGCAGUUGAGACCCAACAAACAACGAAGGGCGUCACUAAUGCGUCGCACACUCAGCUUGAGCUAGAGUUGUUGCUCCGACGGCGAAACGGGGAACAAAAGUGGGGUGUGCACCUCACCUCAUCCCUUUGCUUAGCAAACAUCGAUGACGUUAGUGUAGUAGCGGGUGGUAGGUUGCGUUGUGUCUGCGGAGAUGUGACUAGCGCGAUUUCACCGAAACAGUUAUGCAGAGUGCUGCUACAAGGGAGUGUUGAGGAUAUUUCUUCAACCUCAAAUGAGAUUAAUAAACAUCAUAUGUUGGCUCUUCGACGUUUCGUUGCUGUAUCUACAGGUGAGAAGGUGGACACCAUAUAUGAAAGCAGCAAUAAAACGUGGGAUAAUGGUUGUGAAGCCGCGUCUAUUCUGGAUGAAAAUUCAGACGGUGUAAAGCUCACUAAGGUUGCCGAAGUUUUCUCCGUUUCAUCACCACGACACCCGCAAACGUUAACAACUGAAUCGAGGGGGGAGAUCGACACGGUGGUGGGAGACUCCCGUACGUUGCUCCACAACUGUCGGUGGGCUUUGAAGGGUAUCAACGAUGCGGAGGUGGCUGACCGGAAGCAAGUGGCGGCAGUGUUUGUGACAAUUGGAAAGCAGCGGGAAGUGCGCUUGCGCUUUCGGACCACUAUUGAUCUUCCUCUUUCGCACAUCAACGAACAUGGGAAUGACAGUAAUAACGCGGGUGGUACUGAGCGCUGUGAGCUUCCAGCCGUUGCUGAGCUUACGCUUUCGAUAGCCGAAGGAAAUGGUAGUUGCGGGAAAUCUGGGUGGGGAGUGAUGAUUGACAAAAGUUCGCUCGCUCUGCUGAACCUGUCUGAGCUUCUCCAGCAACGGCAAGUGGGGGUGAGCGGAAGGCUUAACCCACCAAUACCUUCUUACAUAAACCCUUCCGCCGCUGAUGGGAUGUAUGUGCUCCAUGCCUUGGAUGGGAUUCCCGUCGCCUCUCAACAGGAGGUUAGCUUACAUAUGGGAAAACGAAGACAAGCUUUGAAGGGUGUAUCCAAUGGUAAGUGCAGUUCCCUGCGUUUGCAACUCCGACGCUUGCAAGGACAUCCGCAAAAAGGUGUGGCAACAGUUGAAACCGCUAAGCUACCGGGGGCGACAAUGAAAACUAUUGUAGCUGCCGGUGUUGAAGCGGAUGGAAAGAGGGACAAAGUGACGACGGUGGUGAAUUCAACGACCACAGUCGAGGACGUAAGCGAUGCGGCGGAAAGUGAAUCCGGCUUGACGCCUUUACUACCUUGCAGCCCACAAUGUGUGCCUCUCACCUCAGUGCAACUUCGACGCAGUGUGUUCACCAUUGCGAUAAAUCGCUCUGCAGGUGCCCCUCGGGGUCGUUGGGGAAUUAGGGUACAGCGCGGUACUCGGCGGCUGCAGUACAUUCAGCACAAUCAGUACUUCACAUUUCAGGUGUACACGGCGAAACAGAACCAAGCCGUUCGCAUUGCCGAUAACUUGCGCUUACAUACACACCAGCUGAAAAGUUCUGGCACCUCGGAGCCGGACGAUGGUACGGUGGCAAGCGAAACGGAAGAAAAAGAGAGAACCACCGCAGCAUCCUUCUCUUAUUUUAUUUACAUGAUUGCAGGUGUUAACUACCGACAUGUCGGUACCAACGAAGAGCUACGAGCAUCUCUCACAGAAGCGGGGCGUUCGCAUGAAGAAUCUGUAAUUCUACACGUCCAACAAUAUCGUUUGGCUUACAUUGCGCUUUCUGUUAAGCGGAAAGAGGUUGCGGGAGGAGGAGCACUUGAACCCGUUGGCUUGUGUAUAUCAAAAGAUAUGGUGAUCAAAUCUGUUGUCGCUGGUAGCGCGGUAGCACGAGCCAUCAUCGCUGCUACACAUGAGGACUGCUCACUACGCGGCCUCAUUGUGGAGGAUCCAUCCAGCAGUGGUGGGAACUUUUCCUCGCCCAACCAAACGUGGCGGUUCGAUCUUGAUGAAGACGAAGAAGGGCAGCACAUCCAAACUAAUUCCCCAGUGGGGGAUGCUGGUGCGCGUAAUGUACCAGGUAAUUCCAACUCUGAUGCCGUAUUAGGUAGACGAGUCGCUCACUGGAACAUGGUGGACGGUGUAGCACUCUGUGCUACACAUGAUAAGGUGGAGUCUUCAGCUGGUGGUGAGUCAAGAAAUCGUUUUGUCUGGCGAAUACUAUACGCUGCUCGAGCUGGCCCACUGCGCACACCCCAAGAUGUGGCGCGGACCUUCGCUAGCAACAUUCAAGAGGAUACGAUUUUUGUUCAACAAUGCGUAAUGGACGACUAG